AUGGCGGCCACCGUGCCUCCGACCAAGAAGCGCAGCUCCGACAAUGUCCUCAUGCAGGAGAUUGCCAAGCACCUGCAUGAUCAUGCCCUCCGACGCCACAACGACCAGUCCUGGACAAAUUCUUCUCGCUUGCGACAAGCCAAAACGUCCCGGGCCGUUGAUCCCCCCGUCAUCACCUCAGCUGCCCGCAAUACCACAACGUCGUGUGCCCUGUCACACCCUGUUUCUGAUGGCCAUCCCAACUGCUCUUGCUACCCCCCGUCGCCAGAUCCCGUGCCCGAGCGCGCUCAAAACGCUCGUCAGCUUCAAGAGCAAUUCGGCCGCCGCCUCAGUCACAUGGACACGGUGCACAGCAAGCUGCACCGACACAGCCAAACUUAUAGCUACGGACGUGGGCAAAGUCACCAUGACCGUCGCUCGUCAGCUCUUCCCCUCUUGCAAACCAAUCAUCGAGGCUCACUCCUGCGGGGGCCGUCUGCAAGCUAUACGGGUCGCGCAAGCCUGACCACUCAAGAGCGCUCCUUCCACCGCAACCUCUCAACUCAAGGAACCAUCAUGGGGCUCGUCGCUCACUCCAAUCUGCCAAAUCGGGAUCAAGCUCGCCACCGUUCUACUUACAUGUCAAGGCGAACAAGCCGCCUGAGUGGCUUUCAUAGCACCAGUGCUCUUCACUCGCCCGCCUCUUCGACCUCAGUUCUCUCCCCUCAUAGUAGCGCAGGCGAUGGCGUCCCCCCGCUCUCUGUUCACCGCUUGGACCAAGUUCAUUUGAGCGAAACCCCAAGCAUUGACAGCGUCGAUAGCGUUGGUGUGGAAGCCUCCGACAAGGCCGCCUCCGUGGGCAUCUCCGUCAUUGCCGAGGAAGAUCGCAUGCAACCACCAUCAAGGGCCGGCAAAUCAAGUUCGGCCAAUGACUACCCCUCUGUGACCGCCAUGCUUUCCACCAGUCCAGGCUCGCGCCUCAGCCUCGCCCACAUCUCACUGGACGCAGCUCCACCGACGCGCCCACGACCCAGUCAAAGCAUGCUGAGCCCCAGUAGCGUUUUGCGCGCAGCAGCCAGUCCUGGUUGCCAGCGCCAGCUCUCUUCGUCUGACUUCAAGGCCGCAGCCAAGCGCACUGAUCGCUUGCUUGAACGGCCUCGCCGCAACCGCAGCAAUAGUGCAUCUCCUCGCCUCGACCAGAGUUACCGCAGCAACCAACUUCUUGAAGUCGUUCCCCUCACCACUAUUCCCAAAAGCCCCGUUCUGGGCCACAUCAAGAAACCGCGUCGCUUCACCGCCAAUGCCCCCGUGCCCGACCACACGGACAAACUGCAAGCUCCCGGACAGACAGCAUCCCACCCGCCUGCAAGCCAACCGUCCUCGCUGGGGGCCAUUGCCGAGCAGGCCAUCUCUGUCAGCCCGGGCAGAUUGCCCCACCUGCCCGCGAUGGAUUCGGCGGUGCCCGACUUACCAAAUGAUCAGGCCUUCAAAGACAUGCCGGCGUCAGGUGUGAGCGAACAAAGCGACGCCAACAAGCUGGGCAAUAAUGGGAACGCGGUCAUUGGUGCUCCCCCGUCGUCCUCUCUCCUGACUAACCCAACGGCUCCGGUCUUGCCUGCCAUCAUGCCGGCUCUUUAUCUUGACCGCUGGUGGAAGGCCAUCGAUGCCGGUGAUUUCGAGGCCGUUCAGGCCUUAUUAGACAUCUGGCCCCAGCUCAUGGAGGAACGACGAGACCAAGACCAAGCCACAGCGCUCAUGGUUGCUGCUGGUCUGGACGAUCAAGACCUUGUCGAAGUCUUGCUUGAGCGCGAAUCAAAUGUCGCCGAGGUGGAUAUUGACGGUUUUUCUGCGCUACACUACGCCGUCUCGCAGCGGGCAAGCGUGGACAUUUUGGAUUUGUUGCUCGAAGCUCGGGCGCCGAUGGAAGGCUUCAAGGUUUGUGCCUGCCUCGGCUUGGAUCGUGUCGACCUCUUCAUUGAGGUACCGAUUGGCGACUGA